AUGAAAUCACUCUUUCAUCAUGAAGUAAUUUGUUGGUGUUCUUUCAUAACCAUCCUCUUACAACAUGUUUCUUCUCUGAAUCUACCAAACAAAGAAUCAGUGCCAGCAGUUUUUGUAUUCGGUGACUCUUUAGUUGAUCCAGGAAACAACAACUAUAUCACCACUAUUAUCAAAUGUAAUUUUCCACCAUAUGGUAGAGAUUUCCAAGGAGGAAAUCCAACUGGGAGAUUCAGCAAUGGUGUUGUCCCAUCAGACAUCAUUGCUGAAAAAUUUGAAGUCAAGAAGAUUUUACCUGCUUAUCUUGAUCCUAAUUUGCAACUUAAAGAUCUCCUCACUGGUGUAAGCUUUGCCUCAGGUGGUUCCGGAUAUGAUCCUCUAACUUCGAAAAUAAUGGCUGUGAAGUCAUUAUCAGAUCAAUUAGAAUGGUUCAAGGAAUACAAGAAGAAGAUGGAGGAAGCAGUUGGAAGAAAGAAUAUGACAUUGAUAAUAUCAAAGAGCAUAUACAUGGUGUGUAUAGGAAGUGAUGACAUUGCUAAUACUUAUGCUCAAACACCAUUUAGGCGUGUUCAAUAUGAUAUUCCAUCCUACACAGAUUUCAUGGCUUCUGAAGCCUCAAAAUUCUUACAGGAACUAUAUGAAGAAGGAGGUAGAAGGAUUGGAGUAUUCAAUAUACCAGCUAUAGGGUGUGUGCCAUCACAAAGAACACUGAAUGGAGGUUUUUUUAGAGAAUGUUCAAAUACUUCUAAUAAUGCAGCAAAACUCUUCAACACUAAGCUCUACAUCAAAAUGAAAACACUCGAGAGAAAUUACUCAGAUGCUAAAUUUGUGUAUCUUGAUUGUUACAAUCCAUUCAUGGAGAUCAUUCAAAAUCCUUCCAAGUAUGGUUUUAAUGAGACAAAAAAAGGAUGCUGUGGUACAGGGAAUAUAGAAGUUGGGAUAUUGUGCAAUCGUUUCAGCAUAAACACAUGUUCAAAUCCUUCAGAUUAUGUGUUUUGGGAUAGUUAUCAUCCUACAGAGAAGGCUUAUUAUGCACUUAGUACACUUGUGCUUGAUAACAAAAUCAAGGACUUUUUCUGA